GCAUGGGAAGGUCCCGCCCACAUUCGGCAGGAAGGGUGGCGCUGGACGGCGGGUGCCAGGCAGGCGUGUCAUCGCGUUAAACUGCGGAGCAUGGGAUGUGUAUGAGGGUCCCCCCUUCCAUAACAACGACCCCUCCUCCUCCUCGGCCGCUGCUAUCGUCCCUGAAUCGCGACACCGUCGCUUCUCCCUCGCUGCGAGGCCUGGGACAGCUCAGGCGGCGGUAGUGGCAGGACAGAGGCAGCAUGUCGCGAUCCGUGCUGCAGCCCAGUCAGCAGAAGCUGGCCGAGAAGCUCACCAUCCUCAAUGACCGGGGCGUCGGGAUGCUCACCCGCCUGUACAACAUCAAGAAGGCAUGUGGGGAUCCCAAAGCAAAGCCUUCUUACCUGAUCGACAAAAACUUAGAAUCUGCCGUCAAGUUUAUUGUCCGGAAGUUUCCUGCCGUUGAGACUCGCAAUAAUAAUCAACAGCUUGCGCAACUCCAGAAGGAGAAGUCCGAGAUCCUGAAGAAUUUGGCACUUUACUACUUCACGUUUGUGGAUGUUAUGGAAUUUAAGGAUCAUGUAUGUGAACUGCUCAACACUAUUGAUGUGUGUCAAGUUUUCUUUGAUAUUACUGUCAACUUUGAUUUAACCAAGAACUACUUAGAUUUGAUCAUAACCUACACUACACUAAUGAUAAUGCUUUCUCGGAUUGAAGAAAGAAAAGCAAUUAUAGGACUGUACAACUAUUCUCACGAGAUGACUCACGGAUCCAGUGAUCGAGAGUAUCCUCGACUUGGACAGAUGAUCGUAGACUAUGAAAAUCCUCUAAAAAAGAUGAUGGAAGAGUUUGUACCCCAUAGUAAGUCUUUGUCAGAUGCCCUCAUUUCUCUUCAUAUGGUUUACCCUCGAAGAAACCUUUCAGCAGAACAGUGGAGAAAUGCUCAGCUUCUCAGCCUCAUCAGUGCCCCGAGUACAAUGCUGAACCCUGCGCAGUCCGAUACGAUGCCUUGUGAAUAUCUUUCGCUGGACGCAAUGGAGAAAUGGAUCAUCUUUGGAUUCAUCCUGUGCCAUGGAAUACUAAAUACAGAUGCCACAUCCCUGAACCUGUGGAAGCUGGCCCUGCAGAGCAGUUCUUGUCUGUCCCUCUACAGAGAUGAAGUCUUUCAUAUUCAUAAGGCGGCAGAAGAUCUUUUCGUCAAUAUCAGAGGUUACAAUAAGAGAAUUAACGACAUCCGCGAAUGCAAGGAGGCGGCAAUCUCACAUGCUGGAGCCACGCACAGGGAAAGGCGCAAAUUCUUAAGGUCUGCGCUGAAGGAGCUGGCCACAGUCCUUUCUGACCAGCCUGGAUUACUGGGGCCAAAGGCUCUCUUUGUGUUCAUGGCUUUGUCAUUUGCUCGAGAUGAAAUCAUUUGGCUGCUCCGGCAUGCAGAUAACAUUCCAAAGAAGGUGGCAGACGAUUUUAUGGAUAAGCACAUAGCUGAACUCAUAUUUUAUAUGGAAGAACUGCGAGCACAUGUCAGGAAAUAUGGGCCAGUGAUGCAGAGAUAUUAUGUGCAGUACCUGUCCGGCUUCGAUGCAGUGGUCCUGAAUGAACUGGUACAGAAUCUCUCUGUGUGUCCCGAGGAUGAAUCGAUCAUCAUGUCCUCCUUUGUAAACACGAUGACGUCGCUAAACGUGAAGCAGGUUGAAGAUGGAGAGGUUUUUGACUUCAGAGGAAUGCGAUUGGAUUGGUUCAGAUUGCAGGCCUACACCAGCGUUUCUAAAGCAUCGCUGAGCCUCGCUGACCACAGGGAGCUUGGAAAGAUGAUGAACACUAUAAUAUUCCAUACAAAAAUGGUGGAUUCCUUAGUUGAAAUGCUGGUGGAAACCUCCGAUCUCUCCAUAUUUUGCUUUUACAGCCGAGCAUUUGAGAAGAUGUUUCAGCAGUGUUUGGAGCUGCCAUCACAGUCAAGAUACUCCAUCUCGUUCCCCCUCAUCUGCACUCAUUUUAUGAGCUGCACCCAUGAGCUGUGUCCCGAAGAGAGACAUCACAUCGGCGAUCGCAGUCUGUCUCUUUGUAAUAUGUUCUUGGAUGAAAUGGCGAAGCAAGCUCGGAAUCUCAUCACGGACAUCUGCACAGAACAGUGCACCCUAAGUGAUCAGCUACUGCCAAAACACUGUGCCAAAACAAUCAGUCAAGCGGUGAACAAAAAGUCAAAAAAGCAGACAGGAAAGAAAGGAGAACCUGAACGAGAGAAACCCGGGGUUGAAAGCAUGAGAAAAAAUAGACUUGUGGUUACAAAUUUAGAUAAACUGCAUACUGCACUUUCAGAACUCUGCUUCUCUAUUAAUUAUGCCCCUAAUAUGAUUGUAUGGGAGCAUACAUUCACCCCAAGAGAAUAUCUGACCUCGCACUUGGAAAUUCGCUUCACCAAGUCUAUUGUUGGCAUGACCAUGUACAAUCAGGCUACACAAGAGAUUGCAAAGCCUUCCGAGUUAUUAACUAGUGUAAGGGCCUACAUGACGGUGCUUCAGUCCAUAGAAAACUACGUGCAGAUUGACAUCACAAGGGUUUUCAACAAUGUUCUGCUUCAGCAAACGCAACAUCUUGACAGCCAUGGAGAGCCGACCAUCACCAGUCUGUACACUAAUUGGUAUUUGGAAACACUAUUGAGGCAAGUUAGCAACGGUCACAUAGCUUAUUUCCCAGCAAUGAAAGCCUUUGUAAACCUGCCCACCGAGAAUGAGCUAACCUUUAACGCUGAGGAGUAUUCUGACAUAUCUGAAAUGAGAGCGCUCUCCGAGCUGCUGGGACCAUAUGGCAUGAAGUUUCUCAGUGAAAGCCUAAUGUGGCAUAUUUCUUCCCAAGUGGCUGAACUCAAGAAACUUGUGGUGGAAAACGUUGAAGUUUUAACACAAAUGAGGACAAGCUUUGACAAACCUGAACAAAUGCAAGCACUUUUCAAAAGACUAUCCUCUGUAGACAGUGUCUUGAAGAGGAUGACCAUUAUUGGAGUUAUAUUGUCCUUCCGCUCACUUGCACAGGAAGCCCUCAGAGAUGUCUUAUCUUACCACAUUCCUUUCCUUGUAAGUUCUGUUGAAGACUUCAAGGAUCACAUUCCGAGAGAAACUGACAUGAAGGUUGCAAUGAAUGUCUACGAAUUGUCAUCAGCAGCCGGCUUGCCAUGUGAAAUAGACCCAGCCCUGGUUGUGGCGCUGUCGUCUCAAAAGUCUGAAACCAUCAGUCCAGAGGAGGAAUAUAAGAUUGCUUGUCUUCUCAUGGUGUUUGUGGCAGUUUCUUUGCCAACCUUGGCUAGUAACGUCAUGUCACAGUACAGCCCGGCCAUAGAAGGUCACUGCAAUAACAUCCAUUGCUUGGCAAAGGCCAUCAACCAGAUUGCCGCAGCCUUGUUCACUAUUCACAAAGGGAGCAUUGAAGAUCGUCUUAAAGAAUUCUUGGCCCUUGCAUCUUCCAGCUUGCUGAAAAUUGGCCAAGAGACAGAUAAAACAACUACAAGGAACAGGGAAUCUGUUUAUCUGCUGCUAGAUAUGAUUGUGCAAGAGUCACCAUUCCUGACCAUGGACUUGCUGGAGUCUUGUUUCCCAUACGUCUUACUGAGAAACGCUUACCAUGCAGUUUACAAGCAAAGUGUCACAUCCUCUGCAUAAAUCUUCGCUCCUUGAAAACAUCACUCGUCAUCAUCUUCUGAAAACUGUGGAGUACUUUUGCUUUUAAAUGGUUUGGAAAAGAUAAAAAAAAUACAAAAAAAAACUAAAUGGUUUUGUGACUUAAACUCUUUCCCCAUUCCAUUGUAUUUUUGACCAGUGGUUUCUUUAUGCAGUCGUUCUACCAGAUAAGCUUGGUUGGUUGCACUUCACUACAAUAUUAGAAAAUAUAUAUAUAAUAAAAUCGAUAAAAAAAUAUAAAGUAAAAAAAAAUUAAAAUAUUUUGUUUCUGGACAGUUACAUGCAAGGGAUCAACAAUAGGGGGACAAAAACACAGACACUACUUUUUGGCUGUUUUGAUAUUUUGAUCAUGCAAAAUAUUGCUUGUUUAUUUCAAAAAUGUAUUUAGUGAUUCUUUUAGAUGGUGGUAUAGGUGACAUACAUCUGUGUGUAAAUUAUUUCAUAUAGGGAGAAUUAUAAUCUGUACCUUUAUGUUCUUAUCGAUGCCGGUUUGGACAGGUGGUUCUGUGAUUUCUGUGAAGUAAUUGCAUCAUUUGUUUCUUCCUCAAUGCCCUGCCCCCACCCAAUGCAUCUUCCUUCAUAUCCGAACAAAGCUACGGAACAUUUCUCGAUGAGACAGGACUCCUCCCUGGUAUUUUAAGCAGCAGCGAAUCUUGUUUGUAAAAAGCAUAGUAUAACUUUUUUUUAGACUAAUUUCCACAAUGCUAUGGUGGCAUUAACAUUACCAUUGUACCCUGCUAUAUGGUAUGAUAAGACAUUCUUAUGCAUUUAUCAAAUGUUGAUACAUUGUUUUUUUUCCCCUUAACCACUUUUAUAUGUUUUAACUUUUUGGAAAUUCAAGUGUACCUUCCAUAACAUACAAUAAACACUAGACUGUA